AACCAUCCAGACCAGCGAGUGUGUCCGUGUGUUCUGCGACCUGCAAAAUUGUCAAACCACGCUUCACUCGUGCAAUCGUCGAGGCAGCAUCAGCACUCAUAUCUGCCGGCGGAGGUUGUGAUGACUAAGCUUGGUGAAAUCUUGGCGCUCCCACCACGGGUCUCAGACUUUUGGAUCCUGAACUUCACGACUUUUUCCAAGCUUGCGACCACCAAAACACGCCCGCACCACUCCCCAACUCACUUAUCUCCUGCCUCUUUGCCCUUCUUCCACGCAUUCCAACCAAUCAUGGCUGAACAACUCGUCCUCCGCGGCACCCUCGAGGGCCACACUGGCUGGGUCACGUCUUUGGCUACGUCGCUCGAGAACCCUAACAUGCUUCUGUCCGGCUCUCGUGACAAGACCCUCAUCAUCUGGAACUUGACCCGUGACGAUACCUCCUACGGUUACCCCAAGCGCUCCCUCCACGGCCACUCCCACAUUGUUUCCGACUGUGUCAUCUCUUCCGAUGGCGCGUAUGCUCUGUCUUCGUCCUGGGACAAGACUCUCCGCCUGUGGGAGCUGAGCACCGGCCAGACCACCCGUCGCUUCGUCGGUCACAGCAAGGACGUCCUCUCCGUCUCCUUCUCCGCCGACAACCGCCAGAUCGUCAGUGGCAGCCGCGAUGGCACCAUCAAGCUGUGGAACACCCUCGGUGACUGCAAGUUCACCAUCACCGACAAGGGCCACACCGAGUGGGUGAGCUGCGUGCGAUUCAGCCCCAACCCGCAAAACCCCGUCAUCGUCUCCGCCGGCUGGGACAAAUACGUCAAGGUUUGGGAACUCGCCAACUGCCGCAUCCAGACCGACCACAUCGGCCACACUGGCUACAUCAACACCGUCACCAUCUCCCCCGACGGCUCCCUCUGCGCCAGCGGUGGCAAGGACGGCACCACCAUGCUGUGGGAUCUUAACGAGUCGAAGCACCUCUACUCGCUUGCCGCCGGCGACGAGAUCCACGCCCUCGUCUUCUCCCCCAACCGCUACUGGCUCUGCGCCGCCACUUCCAGCUCCAUCAUCAUUUUCGAUCUGGAGAAGAAGAGCAAGGUGGAUGAGCUGAAGCCCGAAUACAUGGAGGUCGGCAAGAAGAGCCGCGAGCCCGAGUGCGUCAGUUUGGCCUGGAGCGCCGAUGGCCAGACGCUGUUCGCCGGCUACACGGACAACAAGAUCCGCGCCUGGGGUGUCAUGAGCCGCGCCUAAACGCGAGACUGCAUGAUGUAGGAGGAUGGAAGUUCUGAGAUAUGGCACGAUGAUGCUCGAUGCGAGGAUCGCUGGUUUGCGCGGCUGCUGUGGUGCUGGCAGAUCAGUGACUUCCGAUGAAAGGUCGUAGCGGUGCACGUGUCUAGAUAGUUCGGUCGCUCAUUGUGUCUCAUUCGACUCUCGUCUACUCGCCCUGUUCUCAAGCUCUAUCCACACAACUAGACCUCUUUCAAUGGCCACCUUCUGC